GCGCGAAGGGAUUUUCGAACUCGGUCGGUGUAUAUUUAGUUGAGUUUUACAAAAGUGAAUUUUGUGCCAUAUACUUUUAAAUAUUGGAAAAAAUAUGAAGUUUUCAGUAGGUUUGUGUUUGGUUUUGGUGGUUUUGGAUGGUGCUAUUAGUGCUGGAAUUCCAAAGAAAGAUGGAUUGAAAAAUGACGAAGACACUUACGGUGCCCUAGUAGACAUCGACGAAAACAUUCAACAAGACCAAGUUGACUACUACGAAGACCCCGACGAAGACUCAGCAGCUGAAGAACCCCCAGCGGACACCGGAGGCUCCAGCGACGUCAAAGUCGUCUCAAAACCACAAACCUUCGUCCAACAAAUUGGCGAAGUCAUUAGACUACCUUGCCAGUCUUCAUCCAAAGACGAACCCAUCAGAGUCUGGACCAGAAAUUCUAAUACGUUAGUGUUCCAAGGGCAUAUUAACAUAGCCAACAAGAAAAACUACAAAUUGUUGCCGAAUGGUGCUUUGGAGAUUAUUUUAGAAGGCGUUGAGGAUUUUGGGGAUUAUACUUGCAAGUUGGCUGUUACUGAGAUUGAUCAACCUGAGGUUCUUCAUCAUGUGUAUCAGAAGCAACAGCCUGGGAUUAAGGGAAUUAGUGCUGUGGACAAUAAACAUGUGUUUGAUAUGGGAGAAACUCUCACCCUAACUUGCCAAGCCACAGGAUACCCAAAACCCAGAAUAACUUGGCACAAAAACAACGAAUGGCUGGGUACCGAAGGUGAAACUCUUACCAUCCAAAAUCUCAGACCAAAACAUGCAGGCAGCUAUAGAUGUUUAGCGGACAACGACGUUGGACAUCCUGCCCAUGAGCAUUACGAAGUCUACAUCAACCAUGUUCCAAUAAUCAAUGUGGAAAAGUACAUUGUGAAUUCUGAUCACGAAAGUGAUGCUGAGUUUGUUUGCGAUGUCAAAGCUUAUCCGAUUGCUGUAGUCAAUUGGCAACGAGAUGGACAAAAUAUUGUCAGCAAAGAACCAAAAAUUACUUUGGAAAGGAGGAAGAACAACGAAAGAAAUGUGUUGAUUGUUAAAAAUAUCAAUGAAAAUGACUUUGGAGUAUACACAUGUGUAGCAACAAACGCUUUAGGACAUCAAUCCAAAAAUGUUUCUCUCGUGAAAACCCCAGUAGUAAGAAAAUUCGAAAAAUCACCAACAAAUGAAACAAUCAAAGACGUAAUUUUGCAAUGGAGAGUCGAAUCCAAACAGCCAAUCUCAUCUCACGAAGUCCAAUACAGACGCAAAGGGGAAUCCAGCUGGAAAACCAUCACUCCAGAAGUCAAUGGGGCUGAAAACGAUGUUUAUCUUAUUAAACACGCGUUGAAAAACUUGGAGCCUGGAGAUUACGAAACUAGAGCCAGGUCUAAGAACAAUCACGGUUGGUCUGAGUAUUCUGAUGUUGUUCCAUUCCAAGGAGUUUUAGCUAAACACGGCUCGCAUCAUGCCAAAACAAAGCACGCCAAAAAAGAACAGAAAACACAAGAUUCACCCCUUGACACACCUCCGGCACAGCAAAGAACUGAAGAAUCUUCAUCAGUAGUAGGAGAAUCAAUCUCUAGCAGUUCAACAAUCAGUUCCUCUUUAGUACUUUUGGCUUCAUUAAUAUUCAUCCAUGUGAGGCAAUAAUGAAUUUCCAUAGUGGUAUAUUCUUUGAUAGCUUCCAAAAUGGGAAGAAAUUCAUAUAAUUACUGAAAACCAAAGUAUUUUUUUUUUUUUUUAAUGUUUAGUGACUUAUUUUUCUUUGUACAUAAGUGUCCAUCAGACAAUCAAAGACUGAAUCUUUUGGAAAUUGUUUGCAUCCAUAUAUAGAUUGUUUAAUUAUUAAGUUACCUACAUAAACAAUCAAUUCUAUAAUGUGUCAGUAGUAGGUAUUUCUAAUUAAUUCAGCUAUUAGAUUAUAUUUUGUAAUAUUUUUUUAUAACUUUUCCUUAGUCUUAGUGUGGUCAUUUAUUAAUAAUCAGUUUAUUUAUUUCAAAAUUUGUGUACAGUUGCCUUAUUAUUAUUUUAGUUUAGUUGUACAUAUACAAUAGACUUAAUUAAUUGCGUGAUGAUUUGUAAUUUAUAAUUAGUUUUUAUAAUAAUGAUAAUAUGCCUUAAAAAAUCUCCUUCCCUUGUAUUUGGGAAUGAAUUAUUAUGCCUUCCAUGGUACCUAUAAUACCUAAAAAAGAAAACUUAUAUUUUAAUGAAUCGUUGUUGCUUCGAUUUUUAGCCCAAUCAAAAAUUUUGUGCUUAUGGGUUAUUUUGAAAUUCCCUUUAUAUAGAAACAAGUGGACCCAGACUACUAGUAAAUUGGUCCAAUAUUUAUAAAUACUUACAUAUAAUAUGACCAAUUUAACUUAUUACAACAAACAAUAAAGACUGUAUAAAAAUAUAGGUGCUUUACAUAUCUCUUUUUUUGUAUCUCUCUAUACACACUCUCUGGGAAAUUUUAAGGUAAUCUUUACAUAAGAUUUUUGAAUGUUAUAAAAUUGUAUAUUAUAAAUGUAUAGAUAGAAAGAAAAAAAUAA